AUGCGCCGCAUCAAAACGCGGCGAGUCUUUCAUGUGUCCAUUACUCUACUCUUGGUGUCAACGAUAUUUUGUCAGAAUGGAACAAGCCCCGCCCACAACACAACAUCAGAUCAAAUCAGCCGGUAUUGGAGUAAUCGGAGUCAAACAAUGUAUUCGAACGCAUCUUCACUCCUAAGUGAUUUACUAUUGGACUAUGAUAUCAGAUUAAGACCCGGGUUUGGAGGAGACGCUCUUCUUCUUACAAUGGAUAUUAUCAUUGCGUCGUUCGACUCGAUUUCAGAAGUUGAUAUGGACUACACCUUGACAAUGUACUUACAUCAGUAUUGGACGGAUGAGAGGUUACGGUGGAGCAAUGAAAUUCCGAUCGAUGAGAUGACGUUGAGUGGAGAGUUCUCACAAAACAUCUGGGUGCCGGAUACCUUCCUGGCCAACGACAAACACUCCUACCUUCAUGAAGUUACCGAAAGAAAUAAGAUGCUGAGGAUAAAUGUAGAUGGGAAGGUCGCUUAUGGAAUGCGUCUGACGUCUACAUUGAGUUGUUCCAUGAAUCUGAGAAACUUCCCAUUGGAUUCUCAGAAUUGCACAGUGGAGAUUGAGUCGUAUGGAUACACCACCUCGGAAGUUCUCAUGAAAUGGAACUAUCCUCUAGCAGUGCACGGUGUAGAACAAGCCGAUGUACCUCAAUUCACCAUCACUGGAUUCCACACAGAGGACAGUAUUGUCUCCACAGCCACUGGUUCUUAUCAGAGACUAUCUCUGGUCUUCCAACUCCGUCGUUCCGUCGGAUACUUCAUAUUUCAAACGUAUCUUCCAUGUGUUCUUAUCGUCAUGUUGUCAUGGGUUUCUUUUUGGAUUAACCAUGAAGCGACGAGUGCUCGAGUGGCAUUGGGAAUCACUACUGUACUCACUAUGACAACGAUUUCUACAGGUGUUAGACAGAGUUUACCGAGGAUUAGUUAUGUCAAGAGUAUUGAUAUUUAUUUGGUGAUGUGUUUCGUCUUCGUCUUUGCCGCCCUCUUGGAAUACGCCGCCGUCAACUAUUCGUAUUGGGGACGGGAACGUGGAAGACAUGGAGGAGGAAACGAGUGGCCAGUAAACGGAGCCAAUAAAGAGGAUCGAGAGUCGGCGGUGAAUGUUCAGAAAUGGGUUCCCAGCGGGUUGAUGGAUGGCGUCCCACAACCACACGACCGCCGUGUAGAGGCACUAGAGGAGGCAAUGAGUAGUAGUAACACAGCUGCCACGCAAAAUAAUAAUACGUCCCCACCACCUGCCGUGAAGCCCAAAAAGCGAUCAUCCUCUCCAAUUCCUCCACUCUGCCGAGCCGGGAAUGCAAUCAGUGAGGAGAGUGACGAAGUUCCCGACUAUCCGAGAUACUCAGCAACAUCUCUUAAAGGAGGAAGACCUCAUGCAUCACUCAAUCACAGGACUCAUCAUCUAAGGGGAUCGCAUACGGCUAGAGCAAAACGACGAAUGACGCUAGCUCGUAUGAAUGUAUCCAUGAAACAAUCAAUAUCAGGAAUCGGGCGACGGGCUCGCAAAGCGAUUCCAUCGAUCCGUGUGAGAGAUGUGAAUCUGAUUGACAAGUACUCACGAGUCGUGUUUCCAGUCUGCUUUAUUGUUUUCAAUCUAUUCUACUGGAGCUACUACAUGAUGGCUGGAGCGACAACCUAA